CAGUGGUAAAUGGGCAGGGUACACAGACGGUCGCCAUUUUAGGUUGGAACGUUCGACGUGGUGAAACACAAUUUAACAGAAGUUGUCGUGUGUUGUAGUGUCUUGUUUUAGAUUUGAAUUAUCAAGUCGUUUGAGAUGCGUCAGUCCAAACGUAUGCGUUCAAGUGAUGGCUGGCUGUCGGAGUACAGCUGGGAGGAGAGACUGGAGAUUCGAAAGCGACCAAGGCGAAGGUCACGCAGUGGUGACAGAGAAAGAAAACCAAGGACACAUCACCACUACAAAACAUACGAAAGGUGUCACGUGCACACCAGGAGGCUGGAGGUCAAAGAGAGGCGCGUUGUGCGAGAGGCCAGCUUGGAGCCCGAAAGCUAUGGGGUGAGAGACACUGACCGGGCUGACCCCAGCAGGGACCGCGACCGUGACCGCGAGCGGGACAGAGACUGGCACCACUACAGCAAGUCCUCGGCGCGCUCCGGCCGCAGCCAGUGGAGCAGCCACGCACAUCACCGCUCCCGGCGGCGCAGCCCCUCCAAGCACCGCAGCCACCACUCCGACUCGAGGAGCCAGCGCAGGAAGAGAACCAGGAGUGUUGAGGAUGAUGAGGAGGGUCACCUGAUCUAUCACAAUGGAGACAUGCUAAGAGCAAGAUAUGAGAUUGUGUGCACUCUAGGCGAGGGAGCCUUUGGGAAAGUGGUGGAAUGCAUUGACCAUACAAAAGACGGCCAGCGUGUGGCAGUGAAGAUCAUCAAGAAUCUUGAGCGCUACCGCGAGGCGGCUAUGUCUGAGGUGGAGGUUAUUGAGCAGAUAAAUAACCUGGACUCCAGCAGCAACUAUGCUUGUGUGCGGAUGCUGGAUUGGUUUGAUUACCACGGACACAUCUGCAUCGUGUUUGAGCUGUUGGGCCUGAGCACGUUUGACUUCCUCAAGGAGAACGGCUUCAUGCCCUUCACCAUCGACCAGAUCAGAUAUAUGGCUGAUCAGAUCUUCCGAGCCGUGCUCUUUCUUCAUCAAAAUAAGCUGACUCACACUGAUCUGAAGCCCGAAAACAUUCUUUUUGUGGACUCCGAUUACGACAUUGAAUACAAUGCCAAAAUGAAACGUGAUGAGAGAAAUUUGAAAAAGCUAGACGUCAAGGUUGUGGAUUUUGGGAAUGCCAUUUAUGACCACGAACACCACACAUCUGUCGUGUCGACCCGUCAUUACCGAGCCCCUGAGGUCAUCCUCGAGCUGGGCUGGAAUCAAUCCUGUGAUGUGUGGAGUCUCGGCUGCAUAUUGAUCGAAUAUUAUCUGGGAUUAACUCUAUUCCAGACACAUGAUAGCAAGGAGCACCUAGCCAUGAUGGAAAGGGUGUUGGGCCCAAUACCCACUCACAUGCUGCAGAAGACCAGAAAGAAACGCUUUGUGUACCAUGAAAAGCUGGACUGGGAUGAACAUAGCUCCGGCGGCAGAUAUGUGAGGAAACAUUGUAAACCGCUGAAGCAAUACAUGUCUUCCAAGGGAGCUGACCAUGAGCAGCUGUUUGACCUGAUCCAGAAGAUGAUGGAGUACGACGUGUCUAAGCGGAUCACCCUGGAGGAGGCCAUCAGUCACCCCUUCCUCGCCCCUCUGAAGAAGAAAUAACCCAAAACCUGUCACUGCCCCUUUAUUUGCGCUCCAAGGGAGAGGGACUCGUCAGACUGUAUCAGUCUCACUUACAUUGUAAAUUCUGUUCAUAUUUAUUUCUUGUCAGUAGAUAAUGUACAUUUCACAUGCACUCUUUUCUGUCUUUAAUAAACCUGAUGAUUUGUCUAGCAUUA